AAUCCCAUUAUGACGGUGUAGAGGAUCGGACAUUUGGCUGCCCUGCCGAAUACCAAAGCCUGCGUGGUGCACUGGGGUACCGAGGGGCUCUUAGGGGGUUCAGUGAAGAGUUUUGCGUUUCGGCAUACGCUCAUCUACCUCGUCGGGCUGAGCAGGAUGGCACCGCUGACCAGUCUGCUGCUCUUGAGUCUGGUCAGUCUGUCUGGUCAGAUCCAGUGGUUUAGGUUUCUGUGGGUCCCAGAGACAAGUUCACCCGCUCCUGCGGUCAGCACACCUGCAGACACCAGCAGUACUGAAGCAGCAGAGGAAAACACAGAGCACGUCCUGCCAACCUCUCCUCCUGCGCCCACAGCGGCGCCCGCCGACACAGCCAGAGCCAAGAGACCUUUGAAGAGGUGGAAGAGCGAGCGAGGCUCCAAGGGUCACCUAAUUCUAACAGACCUCGUUGGCAUGCCUCUUCCACCAUCCGUGUCCUUCAUCACGGGCUACGAGGGUUACCCUGCCUACUCUUUUGGGCCUCAUGCUAACGUAGGCCGACUGACCCAGUCUUUCGUACCUGAGCCCUUCUUCACAGACUUUGCCAUCAUCGUCACAGUCAAACCAUCUAGCUCUCGAGGAGGAGUCCUGUUUGCCAUCACAGACCCGUCCCAGACCAUUGUCCAACUUGGCCUGGCCCUGACACCCGUGGAGGACCAGACUCAGCGGAUUGUACUGUAUUACAGUGAGCCGAGGUCAGCGAACAGCGCAGAGGUUGCGUCUUUUAAAGUGCCAGACAUGACGCAGCAGUGGAGCCGCUUCACACUGUCGGUGGAGCGCCAGGAGGUUCGUCUCUACAUGGACUGUGAUGAAUACCACAUUGCCCCCUUCAAGAGGAGCCAGCAGCCCCUCAGCUUCAAGCCUGGAUCGGGGAUCUUUGUGGCGAAUGCGGGUAGUACCGGCCUGGAGAGAUUUGUGGGGUCAAUCCAACAGCUGGUAAUAAAACCUGACCCCAGAGCAGCAGAAGAGCAGUGUGAGGAAGACGACCCCAGCCUGCAGGCCUCCGGGGACAGAAGUGGCGAUGGUGAUUAUGAUGAUGAGGAAGAACAUGCGAGGCGUGAAGAAACCUUUGGGCAGACUAACAACAAGGAAAAGACACUAAGACCCACCUCUCCUGUUGAAGCCCCACCCAUUCAGUCACCUGACAUAGAAGAGGGUGGAUUCUCAGGACAUGUGACCCCAAUAGAUGAAAGGCUGCUGAGAGGGACUUACAAAACAGAUGAAACAGGGGAGAGGGUUGGACAGAAAGGGGAGCGUGGAGAACCUGGGCCUGCAGGGCCACCUGGACCCCCUGGGCCUCCAGGAACAUCUGUCCCAAUCAGACAUUCAGGACAGCCUGGACCGAGAGGACCACAGGGUCCAAUUGGUCAGCCAGGAGGACGAGGCAGACCAGGGAAAGAUGGACAACCUGGAAGCAAAGGUGAAGAUGGGAAACCAGGUCAGAGAGGACAGACGGGACCUCCUGGAUUACCUGGAGAAUCUGGAGUCAAAGGAGAGAAGGGUGAUCCUGGAGUGGGCCGGACUGGAUUGCCUGGUCCACCAGGACCUCCUGGACCACCAGGGCCAAGCAAACCAGUUAAGGUUCCAUAUGGAUUUGAUGCACUGGGCUCUGGAUUUGGAGAUGCUGACAUUGAUACAGAACUUCUUCGGGGUCCACCUGGUCCUCCAGGGCCUCCUGGGAUACCCGGCCCUCCUGGUCCUAAUAGCCCACUUGGAGGAUUGCUCCCUGGUCCUCCAGGGGCUCCUGGCAAAGAUGGCAGAGAUGGGCAGAGUGGGCUCCCUGGUGUUCCUGGUCAGGAUGGCUUACCUGGACAACAGGGUCCGAAAGGAGCAAAGGGUGAGCACGGAAUUAGAGGGCCUCCUGGACCUAAGGGUGAAAAUGGAGAUCCUGGUCAGAGAGGACCACCUGGCCCUUUUGGAACGAUGGGACCGAGAGGUUUACCAGGACCACCAGGGCCUCCGGGUCCACCAGGGCCCAUAAACAAUAACUUUAUGGUGGAUACUUUGAAGGAUUUCGAGGGUUCUGGUGAAAGUGGUUCAUUUCUCGGAACUGGAAUUUUGAAAGGCUAUCAAGGGCCUCCUGGUCUUCCUGGCCCACCAGGACCUCAGGGACCUCCUGGUGCUAACGGACCACCUGGCUUGUCUGUAAAGGGUGAAAGAGGAUCUCCAGGACCCGAUGGAAUACAUGGAUUAGCUGGUUUACCAGGAGCAAGGGGACCAAAGGGAGACAAGGGCAAUCCGGGAGAAAAGGGUGAGCGAGGUCGCGAUGGACUGAACAUCACAGGUCCUCCCGGCCCCCCCGGCCCUCCUGGACCAAUCAUUAACUUCCAGGACCUUUUUCUUAAUGACACAGCUGCUAAACUGAACCUCACAAAGAUCAGAGGACUGCCAGGCCCUAUGGGCCCUGAAGGCUUGCCUGGCAGAGCAGGAUUCCCUGGCCCAAGAGGACCAAAGGGGGAAAUUGGGUUUCCUGGUGUGCAAGGACCUCCAGGACUAAAGGGGGACAAGGGUGAGCCAGGUGUAUCCAUCGCUGCUGAUGGCUCUAUAAUCACAAGCCUGCGAGGACCCAGAGGACCAAAGGGAACCAAGGGAGACAUUGGUCUUGCUGGCCCACAUGGGAUUCCGGGGCCAAUUGGACCACCUGGACUAAAAGGGGGAUAUGGAAUUCCUGGUCGACCGGGUCGACCUGGAAUAGCUGGAAGGAAAGGGGACAAGGGAGAUGCAAGUGGUCCCUCUGGUCCACCAGGUCCACCUGGACCUCCAGGGCCACCAGGACGAGUGAUUGGCCUCAAUGGAACAGUUUUCCCAGUUCCUCCUAGACCACACUGCAAAACGCCAGUCAACAACAACAAUUCACAACAAGGAGUCAAAGGGGAAAAGGGUGAUGAGGGAAAUCCUGGGUUGUCAGGUACUCCAGUCCCCCAUGCUUAUGUGGGUCCUAAAGGUGAUAAUGGCUACAAUGGGCAAAAGGGAGAGAAAGGUGAUCCAGGUUUGCCUGGCCCUCCUGGACUUCCUGGGAGAACAGGCCUUGUUGGUCCUAAAGGGGAAUCUAUUGUUGGUCCUCCUGGAGACACUGGUGCUCCAGGACCUCCAGGACUGCCUGGGUAUGGAAGUCCAGGACCACAAGGCCCACCAGGAGCUCCUGGCCCUCCAGGAACCUCAUCACUAUACAGCUCAGCUGCAAGUCUCCCCGGACCUCCUGGACCUCCAGGGCCACCUGGUGCUCCUGGCUAUGGAAACCCUGUGAGCACAUAUAAAAACAGCCAGACCUUGAUGAGAGAGAGCAGCCAAGCAGCAGAAGGCACAAUGGGAUAUGUUAUUGACAAGAGUGAACUGUACAUCAGGGUACGAGGAGGCUGGAAGAAAAUUGAGUUAGGAGAGCUAAUCCCUGUUCCCGAAGACAGUUCCUCUUCUGCUUUGUCACAAGGCCUGAGCAGACCCAGCGACCGCAGCGUACCCAGAGUUCAUAGUCAGGAGUUAAAGAGCUUUCUGCCAGGCUAUAAUCUUCUUCCGGACACUACACACUCAAUGCCUGCGUUGCACUUGGUGGCUCUCAAUGCCCCAUUCUCAGGAGACAUGCAUGGCAUCCGCGGGGCAGAUUACCAGUGUUACCAGCAAGCCAGAGCCAGAGGCCUGACAUCCACAUACAGAGCUUUCCUUUCCUCUCAUCUGCAAGACCUCUCCACCAUCGUCAAGAAAGCAGACCGUUUUAACUUACCGGUGGUGAAUCUAAAAGGAGAAGUGCUGUUCAGCAGCUGGAUGGCCAUGUUCUCUGGUAAUGGAGGCGUUUUUGAUCCACUUACUCCGAUUUACUCCUUUGAUGGACGAAAUGUCUUGACAGAUCAGGCUUGGUCUCAGAAGCUGGUGUGGCACGGGUCAAGUACGGUGGGCAUCCGAAUGACAACAAACUACUGCGAGGCCUGGCGGACAGGUGACAUGGCAGUAACCGGACAGGCGUCUCUCCUUCAGACCGGCCGACUGCUGGGACAGCACACACGCAGCUGCUCAAACCACUUCAUCAUUCUCUGCAUCGAGAACAGCUACAUCCAGCACCCUGGAAGGAACUAGAAAGCCCAACGUUUACAAGUAAUUGAAAGCAGCAGUAGCUGGACUGCUGGGGAAAAUUAUCCAUUCUCCUCCUUUUUAGCUCCUGGGAGAAAUAACAAGCCAGGAAAAAGCCAGGCACUGCAUUGGUCUUUCACUUCUUGUCUGAGCAUGAUGUAAAUAUGUAUAAAUCACCCACUGGUAUUGUUCAAUUGAAGACCCACCGACUUUCAUUCAACUAUUAGAAAACCAAAGAAUACCUCAGUCAGACAUCUAUGAGCAAGUGUAGAUCCACUUUAUGAAUUCACCACAUUAUUUUUUUGCCUUCUAAAAAGGUUUUAGCCCUCAUUACGAUCACUAAUAUAGCUUUGUGUGUGUGCUUGUAUUAACUACAUUGUUAUAACCGCACACACUGAUAGAUACAAGACACUUACUUUUAAUCAGAUUAAAUAUAUUUAGAUAUCAGUAUUUGGGUAUAUUCAAACAAACGAGGGAGAUGUUUAAAUGCACUGUAUUAAUAAUUUCUUGGGUGUUGUUAUUUUAUUUUUGGUUAUAGUUUGUUUUGACACCCAUGAAGCUCUAUUCUGUGAACUUGCAUUUAAACUAGUAUUUAAGGGAGGCGAUGCGUCUAAUUUAUGAUGUUAAUGCACAUAACUAAAACCCAAGUGCAUAAUAGAUACUGAUUUAGAAAGUAGACAAUGGCCACAAUCAUUUAUAACUCAUCACUGUGUUUAAUCUCUCACAUUUAGAAAGGCAAACUAGAAAGUAAGUUAUGUUAUUUGUAUCUUCUAGAAGUCAAAUAGGAGUAUGAUACAGCAAUAGAGAGAUACCCUCGUUUUCUCCUUUUUUCAAAUUUGAAUGGUGCUCACUGAAUAAAUUUUUGUUUUAUAAGUA